AUGGCGGAACCAGCACCAGACCUAAAGAUUGAGCCUUCGGCAGCUACUGUUGAUGUCCGCAUCAUCGAUACUACGUCAUGGGUUUAUGCGAUGCCGGCGAAAUUCUUUUUCGAACCUCACAUUAAAGGCUUUGAUGAUCUCUCGGCUCCUUCAUACAGUUUUCUGAUUGAGCACCCGUCUGGACGCAAGCUGCUCUUCGAUUUAGGUGUACGAAAGGACUGGGAAAAUCUCUCACCAGCUACCACCAGCAUGAUUCAACACAUUGGCCCUGGAAAGGCUGACGUGAAGAAAGGCGUUCGAGAGCUAUUGGAAGAACACGGAGUCGCGGGGUCGAGUAUCGAGGGAAUAGUUUGGUCUCACUGGCACUUCGAUCAUACUGGUGAUCCAUCAACUUUCGAGCCACACACGGCUCUGAUUGUCGGUCCUGGGUUCAAAGAGGCAUUUGUUCCCGGAUACCCUGCCAACCCGGACUCUGUAAUUCUAGAGUCCGAUUACGCCGGAAGAGAGCUUCGCGAGAUCCCUUUUACUCCAGAGAAAAAGGUAGGUCGCUUUGAGGCUUUCGAUUACUUCGGUGACGGGUCAUACUACAUCCUCAACGCCCCUGGUCACGCAAUUGGCCACAUCUGUGCCCUAGCCAGAGUUACCAGCAAUCCCGACUCUUACAUUUUCAUGGGAGGCGAUGCAUCGCACCAAGCCGGCGAAUUCCGACCAUCGAAAUAUCUGCCGCUGCCGGACUCGAUCACACCGCAUCCACUGGACGCCGGUUCGGUCACCCCAUGUCCGGGCGCUCUUUUUGAGCAUCUCCUUCAGGGUGGUGACAAGACGAGACAGUUCUUCAACGUGGCAAAGGACGGUGUCUCCCUCGACGUUGCUGAGACCGAAAGGACGAUCGAGAAGCUACAGGAAGCUGAUGCUCAUGACAAGAUUCUGGUUGUCAUAGCCCAUGAUAAAAGUAUCCUCUCACUUCUUGACUUCUUCCCCAAGUAUGCCAACGAAUUCGCAUUGAAGAAUUGGGCCAUGUCCUCGGACGCGUCUUCCGUGUACAAGCGGCUUCCAGGGGCCUUCCCGCCGGAGGUUGUCCAUAGCCAGACUACCAAGAAGUUUGCACCGGAAGUAACUUCUCAGCAGCGGUUGUCGUCCUCACAGGAAGGGCAAUCGACCGAAGAAGAGUGGUUGAGAGCACUUGGCCAAUUGGAAGCCCAGCCCUUGGGAAACUCAGAAGGACAAUAA